CAUCAAGGUCAUCUUCUAUUUGAGUAAUACAGUUGUUCUGUUCCUGGCUUUGCAACUGGACUGCUAAAUGAUCUUCAGCCAUCACUUUGCCUUUACAAACCUGUUUCCUUUUAACCCUUGUGUAAUUUGUUCAGUUUGUAAGCAUGAGGCUUACAAUGGACUUGUUGCUAAUCUUAGCUAAGGUAUCUAGGCACUACUGUAUUAUUAAUAAUAAAACUUCUGUGAUCUUUUAAUCUGAUGGUUUGUCACUUAUAUCUGAAAUGGGCCAGAAGGGGUCACUGUUAAAUGAAAUAAAAGCAACAGUUCCAGCCUCUGCUGGCCAGUUCAAAUGAUGAUGAACCCAAAAUGUAUUGCAUAGCUGCAGGCAAAGGGUAUUGGGUUGUAGAGGCCUCUCUAAAAAGAGUUUGUUUUCACCUUAUAACUUAAACUAUGGUCAGGGCUUGUAGAUGAAAUGGGAAAACUAGGUAAGAGGUGUUAGGGCUCCUUCAUAUCAAGAUAAUCAAGAGUUUGGGAACUUUUUUUAUACAACUUGUCCACUGUGAUGAUUACAAUGAGCCAGCAUGACAAUGAUUUGCAAGGAACUAAUAGUUCUGGAUCAUUGGGUGGUCUUGAUGUUCGCAGACGAAUCCCUAUAAAGCUCAUCUCCAAGCAAACCAACAAAAUCAAACCUGCACCUCGAACUCCAAGAAAUAUGAACAGGAUGCCUUCAAAGACACAAGCUGGUGAUGAUGAAGAAUUUGAUUAUAAUGAAGAGGAACGAUAUGAAUGCAAAGGAAGUGAAAUGUUUGGGAAUCAGCGAAGAUUCCCUGGACCCAUCUUUUGGGACUUCAAGAUAAACUUGCUGGGAGAAAAGGAUGAUACCCCAGUCCAUUUUUGUGACAAGUGUGGAUUGCCUAUUAAAAUGUAUGGGCGCAUGAUACCUUGCAAGCAUGUUUUCUGCUAUGAUUGUGCUAUAUUACAUGAGAAGAAGGGAGACAAGAUGUGUCCAGGCUGUAACGAACCUGUGCAGCGAAUUGAGCAGUGUGUGCGAGGGUCUCUCUUCAUGUGUAGCAUUGUUCAAGGGUGCAAGAGAACAUAUUUAUCUCAGAGAGACUUACAAGCUCACAUCAACCACCGUCACAUGAGAGCUGGAAAACCUGUUACCCGCCCUCCACUUGAACCUGUCCAUCCUCCUAUUGCCCCACCUCCUGCUGAAAUUCCUGAGCGUUUCAUAAUGCCACCUGAUAAGCAUCAUUUGAGCCAUAUUCCGCCAAAGCAGCACAUCAUGAUGCCACCACCGCCUUUACAGCAUGUGCCACAUGAGCACUAUAACCAGCCUCAUGAGGACAUUCGUGCGCCCCCGGCAGAGAUGUCGAUGGCUCCACCACCUCCUCGCUCGGUCAGUCAGGAUACCUUCCGUAUCUCAACAAGAAAACACAGCAAUUUAAUAACUGUCCCUAUUCAGGAUGAUUCAAAUUCAGGUGCCCGAGAACCACCUCCACCAGCCCCAGCACCUGCUCAUCAUCAUCCUGAAUACCAGGGUCAGCCAGUGGUGUCCCACCCUCAUCAUAUAAUGCCUCCACAGCAACAUUAUGCACCGCCCCCGCCGCCACCACCACCAAUUAGCCAUCCAAUGCAGCAUCCUCCCCAGGCAGCAGGUACUCCUCACAUGGUUUAUAGCCAAGCUCCUCCACCGCCGAUGACCUCUGCUCCUCCACCAAUAACCCCUCCCCCUGGACACAUCAUUGCCCAGAUGCCACCAUAUAUGAAUCAUCCUCCUCCAGGACCUCCCCCUCCCCAGCAUGGUGGCCCACCUGUAAAUGUUAAUGCACCCCCUCCCCAUCACUAUAAUCCUAACUCUUUACCACAGUUCAGUGAAGAUCAAGGAACUCUUAGCCCUCCUUUUACACAGCCAGGGGGAAUGAGUCCAGGGAUCUGGCCAGCUCCAAGAGGGCCACCUCCACCUCCGAGAAUGCAAGGUCCACCUUCUCAAGCCCCUCUUCCUGGACCACACCACCCAGAUCAAGCCAGAUACAGACCCUAUUACCAAUGAUAUGAGCGGUAAAGUGAACUGAGUAUGCUAUGAGAAAAAACUAUACAGCAGCCUUUUAAUGAAUCUGACUGUUUGGACCUCUCGCUUUCUCUCCUCCUUCCCUCUCUCUGUCUCUCUCUGUCUCUCUCUCUUUUUUUAUUAAUAAUACCAUUGUUGUGACAGUAAGACACUCUGGGCACUUGAAUCUUAAAGGAUUUUUAAGCCUUGACCAUAGGACUUCAAAUACACUGUAGUUCUAAAAUAAGUGGCUUAAUAGACUGCAGCUAUGUUUUAACAGAACUUAUGUCCCUAAAGGGGCUAGACAUGCCCCAGAGAUGAUUGCUUGUAAUAUUAGUUCCUGAAAAAUUGAACAUCCGUUGUACCACUCUAAGUAUCACUUUUGUUAAAUCCAAUGUUUAGUUUUACUUGUGAUAACUUUUUGUUAACCUGUGUACAAUAAUUAAAUUUAAAUAUGGUUGUAAAAGUGCUGGGUUUUUUAUGUGAACUUGAGAGUAUAUACUAUUUCUGAAAC